AUGGCGACCGUAGCUCCUCAGGGAGCGUCUCACAACUCCUCCUUCAAGGACAAGGAGAAGCCUAUGGCCGUUCGGCAAUCCAACAUUCUUGCAGCUCGAGCUGUCGCCGAUGCUAUUCGCACAUCAUUGGGACCCAGGGGUAUGGAUAAGAUGAUCCAAACCGCCAAGGGAAAGACUAUUAUCACCAACGAUGGAAAUACUAUGCUGCGGGAUAUGAGCGUCAUGCACCCCGCUGCCCGCAUGCUGGUCGACCUCAGUGCUGCCCAGGAUGUCGAGGCUGGUGAUGGAACUACCUCCGUCGUCGUCAUUGCUGGCAGUCUGCUCGGUGCCGCCGAAAAAUUGCUGUCCAAGGGCAUCCACCCUACCGUCAUUUCCGAAUCUUUCCAGCGCGCUGCCAAAGCGGCCGUUGAGAUCCUCCACAACAUGUCCCGUCCGAUCAACCUGACCGACCGUUCUACUCUCCUGCAAGCCGCCUCGACCUCACUCUCGUCAAAGAUUGUCUCCCAGCACUCCAACCUCCUAGGCCCUAUGGCUGUUGACUCAGUGUUGAAGGUUGUUGACCCCCGAACUUCCGACAAUGUUGAUCUGCGAAACAUUCGGAUCGUGAAGAAGGUUGGCGGAACAAUUGAGGACAGCGAGAUGAUCGAUGGCUUGGUGUUGAACCAACAGGUCCUCAAGAGUAGCGGUGGCCCGACAAGAAUCGAAAAGGCCCGGAUCGGUCUCAUUCAGUUCCAGCUGAGCCCGCCUAAGCCAGACAUGGAGAACCAAAUUGUGGUGAACGACUACCGCCAGAUGGACAAGAUCCUGAAGGAGGAGCGCCAGUACCUGCUCAAUAUGGUCAAGAAGAUCCAAAAGACCAAGUGUAAUGUGCUGCUGAUCCAAAAGUCUAUCCUCCGCGACGCUGUCAACGAUCUCUCUCUGCACUUCCUUUCUCGCCUGAAGAUCCUCGCCAUCAAAGACAUCGAGCGCGACGAAGUUGAGUUCCUUUGCAAGAGUCUCGGCUGCAAGCCAGUCGCCAAUGUCGACUCUUUCACCGAGGACAAGCUUGGUACUGCUGAUCUCAUCGAGGAGGUCCAGGCCUCUGGUGCCCGUUACGUUAAGAUCACCGGCAUCAAGCAACCUCCCACUGCCGCCCCUAUCAACCAGACUGUGUCCAUUGUUGCCCGUGGCGCUAACAGCCUUAUCUUGGAGGAGGCUGAGCGUUCGCUGCACGAUGCCCUUUGCGUUAUUCGCUGCCUCGUCAAGAAGCGUGCUAUGAUUGCUGGUGGUGGUGCCCCAGAGGUUGAGGUGGCACACUCUCUGGCCUUGCGAGCCCGUGAGCUCACUGGCACCGAGUCCAUUUGCUGGAAGGCGUUCGCCGAGGCCAUGGAGGUUAUUCCCACAACACUUGCUGAGAACGCUGGUCUUAAUUCGAUCAAGGUCGUCACCGAGCUUCGUCACCGUCACGCUCAGGGCCAGCACAACGCUGGUGUCAGCAUCCGCAGUGGUGGCGUGAAGGAUGAUAUUACAGAGGAGAACAUUUUGCAGCCACUGCUGGUGAGCACCAGUGCCAUCGAGCUGGCAGCAGAGACAGUCAAGAUGAUCAUGAGAAUUGAUGACAUUGCUCUCUCGCGAUAA